AUCGCGUGUGAUUUUUUUUGAGUUGCCCUAAUAAAAAUUAAAAAUUCUCUUAUAAAGUUCACCAACAAAAUAAUUCCAGAUUUCAUUUACAAUGGCUUCAUUAGUGAUUUCUCGUAUAUUCGUUCCAGCCACCCACAGAUCGCUCAGGCACCUACUGAACCGAAAAUCCAUUGCCAAAUUCCACAAUUAUCAUGCCAAGAACUUACAAAUCAUCAUCCCCCAAUCGAACCAGAAAAGAUUGUACUCUGAGAAAAAAGUAUUCGAAAGGAACAAGCCCCAUUGCAAUGUGGGUACCAUUGGUCAUGUGGAUCAUGGAAAAACCACAUUGACUGCAGCUAUUACCAAAGUACUGGCAGAUUCCAAGUUGGCUAAAGCUAGAGGCUAUGCAGAUAUUGAUAAUGCACCUGAGGAAAAAGCAAGAGGUAUCACAAUCAAUGUUGCGCAUAUCGAGUACCAAACAGAAAAAAGGCAUUACGGUCACACCGACUGUCCCGGCCAUGCAGAUUACAUCAAAAACAUGAUUACGGGAGCUGCGCAAAUGGAUGGCGCUAUCCUCGUAGUCGCCGCCACUGAUGGCGUGAUGCCUCAGACCAGAGAGCAUUUGCUUCUUGCCAAACAAAUUGGUGUCACAGACUUAGUCGUUUUUAUUAAUAAAGUUGACACUGCUGAUAAGGAAAUGGUGGAAUUGGUUGAGAUGGAGAUAAGAGAAUUGUUAACUGAAAUGGGCUUUGACGGAGACAGUGUACCAAUAAUAUGUGGUUCUGCCUUAUGCGCACUGGAAGGCAAAGAUCCCGAGAUUGGUAAAAAUGCCAUUCUCAAAUUGUUGGAGGCAGUCGAUGUACAUAUUCCCACCCCUGUGAGAGAAUUGGACAAACCGUUUUUGUUGCCUGUUGAACAUACCUAUUCUAUUCCUGGACGUGGUACAGUUGUCACAGGGAGAUUAGAAAGAGGCGUCGUGAAGAAGGGAGCAGACUGUGAGUUUGUCGGCUUCAGCAAAGUUCUUAAAAGUACAGUCACAGGAGUUGAAAUGUUCCACCAAAUUCUGGAAGAAGCUCAAGCUGGUGACCAAUUGGGAGCUUUAGUGAGAGGACUCAAAAGGGAUGAUAUCAAAAGAGGAAUGGUGAUGGCGAAACCAGGUACAGUUAAAAGUUAUGAUCAAAUUGAAAGCCAAGUGUAUGUCUUGAGCAAAGAAGAAGGUGGCAGAACGAAACCCUUCACUUCUUUCAUCCAACUGCAGAUGUUCUGUAGGACUUGGGAUUGUGCUGUGCAGGUUGUAGUUCCGGACAAGGAGAUGGUUAUGCCUGGUGAAGAUUCCAAAUUGAUUUUGAAAAUGAUGAGACCCAUGGUCCUGGAACAGGGACAAAGAUUCACCCUCAGAGACGGUUCAGUCACUUUGGGAACCGGAGUAGUGACGAAAGUUUUGCCUUUAAUGAAGGAAGAGGAAAGGCAAACGCUAACAGAAGGCAAAAAAGCCAGAGAAAAGAAAACUGCCACCCAGCAGUGAAGCAAAAACUGAUAUUGUGAAUUUGUUUUAAUGUUUAUGUUUAAUUAAUUUUUGAAUUUAAUUGGAAUAUUUUCCACAUGGAAAAUUCACAGUAGUGCAUUUACCUACUACUAUCAGGCUGUAUCGCUUCUAGAUGUUGCUAGAAUAUGGAAUAUGCGCUGUUGUUAUGCUUCAUGGAACAAUUAAUAGGUGUGUAGCUAGCAAAGUAUCUGAUUUUCUUUUCAUUGUCUUGCAAAGCACAAACCCAUGUAUCGCAUAGGGUUUGUUUGUUUGGGUCGCAAUAACUUGAACUGAGCUGUAAUAUUUCAGAUUAUGGCAGAUAAUAACCAUAAUAACGUUCGUCAGUUCAUUGCCAUAACACAAAUGAACACGAAGCGAUACAACCUUAUCCUAUGAGGUAAAUGCAGUAGAGUGUAAAAGUAUUUUGCAUAUGGAAAAUAUUUAGAAAUGCACUGACUAGUUGCUAACUAGUCGGCCGAUAAUGCGGCCAAUUUUGUAUUCAGUGACAAAAUAAAAAAAAUCUUACUGAGUUUAA